UAUCUUUAUGUCUGACCAUCGGCGGAAAACGUCACUCUGACGAUUGCGACGACUAAUUGAGUUACAAGGACCAGGGAAACCUGCUCCCAUGUUACUGGCUGACAGUUCCCUGGUAAGCACUCGCUGCAGUCAUGUUCAGGGAAAACAUAACACGACGAGACGCUUGAGUUUCUCAUUCAUUCACUCGUAUGAAGAUGGCAGAAGCGCUUCCUGACAUAUCAGGUUCUACUAAUGUUAAAUGUGAUCUAUGUUUUUCAUAUUUCCUUGUGAACUGGGCUUGCCAUGAUUGUGCUCAGAAUUUGUGUGAUAAUUGUCAAACGUUACACUCCCGAAGUAAUGCUAGUAAACAGCAUGGAAUAUGGCUUCUUCGGGAAGACAAAGAUGACGAAAUGGAAUCCGGAAGUGACGCCAUUGACAUAGAUGAUAUCGAAUUGCACAUUUGUCGUAUUCACGAAGAACAGGUGUGUGAAUUGUACUGCAAUCUAUGUGAUAUGCUUGUAUGUCACGUAUGUGUUCGGACAAUUCACAAAACUCACAAUAUUUCAAAUAUCGAUGAUGCUGCUGAGCAAAAAUUUAACCAAUUGAGAAAGAAAUUCGAACACCUUGAAAAAUAUGAACUUGAAAAAGCGAGAAAAAUGACAGAAAACCUUGAAGAAAAUAAGGUUGAGUAUGUAUCCAGUGCUGCGCUGAGGAGGGAAUUAAUUAAAGAGAGAAACGAGAAGUUGAAAUUUGAACUAGACAACAUCACUGACAGUAUGCUUAAAGAAAUUGAAACCAAAGAAGAAGUGGACUUGCAGUUCAUCAAUAGAAAACAAUUCAAGCUGCAAAAUCUUUCAACGAGAGUGGCAGAAACAAUUCACUUCUGCAGAAACAACCUAUCAAACAAAAGUGGUAUAAGUUUGCUUGAUGCGUGUGCAGAGACUGAGCGGAAAGUAGAAAAACUAAAAUUACCAUCUGCUGAAACCGGACCUGACAAAAUAUGUCCCCCUGAAUUUGUUUCUGGCAAACAAGAUGAAGAUUUCUGUAAGGUGUUUGGAACCCUAGAAUACGAACCAAGACCAGUGUUAACGAGACGCCGAACAACCGUUGCGUUUCCUCUUAACGUAAAAGCCCAGGUCAUUGCCAGCUUCACACAGAAAGCUCGAAAUGGGAUUUACAGUAUAUGUACUACCGGAAAUGGAAACGCCAUGAUAGGAACAGAGGAGAGAAUCGUUCAGGUCGUCACAAUAUCUGGAAAAGUUUUAGCCAGCAUCAAGGUGGAAAUAACGCCGUACAACAUCGCAUGUUCCAAGCUCGGCAAAGAUCUUUACAUGAGCACAUGGAACAUGGAGAUAAAGAAACUGAAAAAUGGAUCAUUUACCCGGUUUAUCGAUACCAGUCCUUUCCAUGCGCAGGGACUGUGUGUAAACGAAGAUGGGGAAAUUUUGGCAUGUCUGUACCACAAAGAGGACCAGUUUGGCAAAAUUGUGCGGUACGACUGCACGGGAAAAUCGCUCCAACAAAUAUGUAGUGAUGAGCGAAGGCGGCUGAUGUUUCAAAACCCCGCUAAAGUCGCCUCCAGCGUGACAAGAGACAUUGUAGUGGUGGAUAUGGCGAAGAAGUGCGUGAUUGCAGUAGCCGCAGACGGUCAAAGAAAAUUUACGUAUAAGGGUCUCAAUGGUGGGAAAUUUGAACCAAAAUGCAUUGAUUGUAGUACGUUGGGUAGCAUACUUGUCGGAGACCAUGAAGAUCGAGUUCAUUUAUUAGACAAGAAUGGCAAAUUUCUGCAGUACAUAAUGACAAAGGAUCAUGGAUUGAAUGAUAUUAUUGGACUUUCAAGCGACCAAGAAGACAAACGAAUUUGGGUAUCAUGCUUUGACAAAGUCAUCAUUGCGACAUUAGUUUGAAAUGACAAAGUUAUGACAAAGUUAUUGGUCACUUUAGCCGUGAGCAGGCUUAUCAGUUAGCUAAGGAUAGUCCAAUAUCAAUUAACAUUGAAGAUUGGUAUCUUUUAUAAGUGCUUCUUAAUUGAUCUUGUCUAGAAGCUAUGAUAAAAAUACCAUUCAACAGAGCACAGUAUUAGAUGUGCAUACCAACAACAUUUACCUGGUGUUGUACUUUCUGGGAGAGAAGUUGCCUCCUCUGUCGUUAUCGUCUCGCCUGUCGUUAUCGUUUCGUCUGUCGUUGCCUGUGUCGUCGUUGUUGAUGUUGUUGUUAUUUCAGGACAACUUUCGUCUGUGAUCAGUACUGUAGAAUUAUCUGGGAAAUGAAUACAACAAAUAUUUUACUUAACAGUCAAAGCAAUUACUAGCAUAACUUGUCUCUCUUAUUGUAUAAGUAAAUUGCUAAAAUAAAGAGCAUUCUUGUGUAUUUUCAUAAUUGCAUUGGUUGGGAAGGAACCAUAACUUGUGCGAUA